CGCGGAUGAGUGUCCUCCACGGCCCGCUCCAACCCCUCACGCGCCCCGGGGAUGCGUCCCACCCCACAGGCUUCUUCCGCGACGGAUACUGCUGGGGCUCGCCCGACGAUCCGGGGCGGCACUACGUCGGCGCGGUGGUGUCCAAGGCGUUUUUGGAGUUCAGCAAGAGCCGGGGCAACGACCUCUCGUCCCGCCGCCCCGGGUUCCGCGGGCUCUCGGAGGGAUGCAAGUGGUGUCUCUGUGUUGAGCGAUGGAAAGAGGCGUUGGUCGCGUCCGAAACGCUCGGAGGACAUGUUGUCCCGCGCGUCGACCUCGCGGCCACGGCGCUCGACACGCUGCGCGACGUCAGCAUCGAGGAUCUCGAGCGGUUCGCGCACGACCCGGCCAGCCCGCCAGAGCCGCGGUCCCCCUUCGGAUCGGGGUCGCGCGGCAGCGGCGUGCGCGGCGACAAUGUCCGGCGGAACAGCUGAUGUACUCCUGAGUGGAUGACGUGUAGCUGGAUAGUGCGAGGGGAACGCAGUCAGUCACUCUCGAGGACUGUUCGUUCCUUGGGUGCAAAGGCCACAGGAGGUGUCGCGCGUGGUGGGACAUCGGGGAGCGAGGGUGGUACUCCUUCCCACAGCCGCCCGUCGCUGGUGGACUACGGAGAGACAUGAGGAGCGGUGCUGAAGGGGCCGGAGGGGCAAGCAAAGGAGCGACUGAAGCGAAAUGUUGGUCAGAAGUUUUGCAUUCUAUGUGGUGAAUGCCAAGGGCAGCUCUGUGAGCGCCAUCACUGUGGUCUCAGAAUGACCUUCACGAGCCACCCCAGACUGGCACCGACACCGACAGGGAGGGGCCCAUGCUGUCUCUGCCUCGAUUUGGUCAUGGUAGGAGUGAGAGAUGUGCGCCUGUCAUCCCAUCAUCCCACACCUCGCCUCGUGAAAAUAUGCAUGUACAGCGAUGUCUAUGU